CGGCAUGCCGUCUUCAGUUCGUCACCAACCACCAAACGGCACUGAUACCGCGACGCGCUACACUUACAAGCAGCCAUAAUUAAUUUAUUGCGUUGCACCACUUCAGUGAGAUCCGGUUUCGACCCACGAAUUAGCCAUGAUUCGGGCGCGCGGUGAGACAAUAUGAUCAAUCGAAUAUUCUUCUACGCGAAUUAUUUAAUACUCAAAGAAUUGAGCAAUUUUUUGUUGUGCGUUUAACUAGUUUACGGACAAAUUUUAAGUCAAUUAAUUUAAGCAAUUUAAAUCAAUUCAUUUGUUAAUUUGUGAAAACUCAGAGGAUACACUGCGGAUAACAGGAUGAAGUUUACAAAGCGGCAAUGGAUGACGUUACUAGUCAUCGGAAUCGCUGACUUUUGCAACGCCAUUUGCGUUUCACUUCAGGCACCAUUUUAUCCACAAGAGGCUGAAAAGAAAGGUGCAACAGCUACCGAAUAUGGCUUGGUAUUUGGCAUCUUUGAACUGGUUGUUUUUAUCGUAAGUCCCUUUUAUGGCCAACAUCUUAACCGGAUAGGACCUAAGGUUCUCUUCAAUGGCGGUAUCUACACAACAGGCGUUUGUGCCAUUUUAUUCGGCCUGCUUGAUAAAGUUGAAGGUCACUACCCUUUUAUUACGUUAAGUUUAAUUAUUCGAGUGAUUGAAGCAAUGGGUAACGCGGCUUUCCUUACUGCCAGUUUUGCAAUCAUCGCCAAGGAGUUUCCAGAUAACGUUGCAACAACAUUUGCAUCGCUGGAGACAUUUUUCGGCCUGGGACUGAUUGUUGGACCCACUGUCGGUGGUGCCCUCUACCAGAUUGGGGGAUACACUGUGCCAUUUGCUGUAAUGGGAACCGCCCUCUUUCUUUCUGCGAUUAUGACCAAUUUUACGCUGCCCAAACACGAACAAGGCACUGAUGUUGAAACAGGAUCAUCAAUUUGGGCAACACUGAAAAUACCUGGAGUUCUGCUGGCCGCAUCGAGUAUCAUCGUCACAUCAAUGUCCAUUGGAUUUUUACAAGCCACAUUGGAACCUCAUUUGCGGCAAUUUGGACUUUCUCCGAUUGUAUUGGGUUUAAUGUUUGUUAUCAAUGGCGGUACUUACGCUUUGUCAGCUCCGGUUUGGGGAUGGUUGUGUGAUAAAUACAUACCACCAAAAACGGUAACAAUUAUUGGAACAUUACUGGUAGCGGUUGGAUUCUGUCUAGUUGGACCAGCACCAUUUAUUCCUAUUAACACAUCAAUGGGUGUAACAAUUUGUGGUUUGGUACUACAUGGUCUUGGUAUGGGUGCUCAAUUGGUUGCCUCCUUCACCGAUGCCUUACGAACAAGCAUUGCGUAUGGUUUUCCUAACAAUUUGGAGACAUUCGGUUUAAUUUCCGGCCUUUGGACGAGUACUUUUGCCUUGGGUGCAUUUAUUGGUCCAUCUGUCAGUGGUAUCCUGUACGACAGCAUUGGUUUCCGGCCGUCCUCAAUGUUUGUUGUCGGUGUUCAUCUUGUAGUGGGUUUCAUCGUUGGCCUAUUCCUCAUGUGCACUCGCCGCAGUGCUCAAUACGUCGAAAUGAAGGAUGACAAAAUCGGCAAUGGUGAUCUUCACGCCGGAGAAAGCAAAUCGGGCACCAUCAGUAUUUCAGAGAGCAUCAGGAGUAUCCGCAGUGUGGCCAAUGGAAUUUCGAUUGAACGCAGUCGCCCACCAGGCAUGAACAGUCUUAUUGCAUGCAACAGUUACAAGAGUCAAGCUUGGCCCAGAAAGGAUGCCAAUGGCCUGUCAAUGGGACCAUACAGUUACAGCUAUGGUACCAUUGAUGCUCGUCGAAAUGGUGGUGCAACAUAUUUGCAAGGGGUAGCGUAAGAAGAUCAUCUGGUGACAAGAAAAUGCGUAAUCGUGUAUCGCCCUUUUUGAUUCUCAUGUUUCCAUUGUGUUUCAAGCGAUGAAGAACGUUGUAGCGAAUGUUUUUGUGCUGUAUUGUACUGAUUUAAUGUAAAUAUUGUCAUAGCGAGCAAUUGCAUAAGUUAUUUUACGUUUUAAUGAUGAAUGUUGACCUAUCAUUCUGAAUGUGAAUUGAUUCGUAGUGUCUAAUUUACAUUUUUUAGCGAUUACUGAUUAAUUAUUAAUGUUACAGUUUUGUUAUAAACAAUUCAUUAUAAUAAAUUCAAUUUUAAUCUAAAA